CUAUUCAGAUUGGCUUGAGAAGUUAUAUAUGAUGCUGGGAACAUUAGCUGCCAUCAUUCACGGAGCUGCACUCCCCCUAAUGAUGCUGAUUUUUGGAGAAAUGACGGAUAGUUUUGCAGAUGCAGGAAACUAUCCAAAUAUAACUUUAAAUGGUACUGAAGGUUAUCCCAACAGCAGUAUAGAUGCCCGCAACGAGCUGGAAAAGAAGAUGACAACAUAUGCCUAUUAUUACAGUGCAAUUGGUGCUGGUGUGCUUGUUGCCGCCUACAUCCAGGUUUCAUUCUGGUGCUUGGCAGCUGGAAAACAAAUAUUCAAAAUCAGAAAACAAUUUUUUCAUGCUAUAAUGCGACAGGAGAUAGGCUGGUUUGACAUGCAUGAUGUUGGAGAACUGAACACACGACUGACAGAUGAUGUCUCCAAAAUUAAUGAAGGAAUUGGUGACAAAAUUGGAAUAUUCUUCCAGUCAAUAGCAACAUUUUUCACUGGCUUUAUAGUAGGAUUUACACGUGGUUGGAAGCUAACCCUUGUAAUUUUGGCUGUCAGCCCUGUACUUGGAUUCUCAGCUGCGCUCUGGGCAAAGGUACUUUCUUCAUUUACUGAUAAAGAACUCUUGGCAUAUGCGAAAGCUGGAGCAGUAGCUGAAGAAGUCUUGGCAGCAAUUAGAACUGUGAUUGCAUUUGGAGGACAAAAGAAAGAACUUGACAGAUACAACAAAAAUUUGGAAGAAGCUAAAAAACUUGGAAUAAAGAAAGCUGUAACAGCCAACAUUUCGAUGGGAGCCGCUUUCCUAUUGAUUUAUGCAUCAUAUGCUCUGGCAUUUUGGUAUGGAACCUCCUUGGUUCUCUCAGAUGAAUAUACUAUUGGACAAGUGCUAACUGUCUUCUUUUCUGUAUUAAUUGGGGCAUUUAGUAUUGGACAAGCGUCCCCAAGCAUUGAAGCCUUUGCAAAUGCAAGAGGAGCAGCUUAUGAAAUCUUCAAUAUAAUUGAUAAUAAACCAAGCAUUGACAGCUUCUCAAAAAAUGGAUACAAGCCAGAUAAUAUUAAAGGAAAUUUGGAAUUCAAAAAUGUUCAUUUCAAUUACCCAUCUCGAAAAGAAGUCCAGAUCUUGAAAGGCCUCAACCUGAAGGUCCAGAGUGGGCAGACAGUAGCCCUGGUUGGAAACAGUGGCUGUGGAAAAAGCACAACAGUACAACUCAUACAGAGACUCUACGACCCUGUGGAAGGCAUGGUCACUAUUGAUGGACAGGACAUUAGAACAAUAAAUGUAAGGUAUCUGCGGGAAAUUAUUGGCGUGGUGAGUCAGGAACCUGUGUUGUUUGCCACCACAAUAGCUGAAAACAUUCGCUAUGGCCGUGAAGAUGUCACCAUGGAUGAGAUUGAGAAAGCUGUGAAAGAAGCCAAUGCCUAUGACUUUAUCUUGAAACUGCCCAAUAAAUUUGACACCCUGGUUGGAGAGCGAGGGGCCCAGUUGAGUGGGGGACAGAAACAGAGAAUUGCUAUUGCUCGUGCUCUGGUUCGAAACCCCAAGAUUCUUCUGCUAGAUGAAGCCACAUCAGCCUUGGACACGGAAAGUGAAGCAGUUGUUCAGGCAGCCCUGGAUAAGGCUCGAGAAGGCAGGACCACUAUUGUGAUAGCUCAUCGUUUGUCUACAGUUCGUAAUGCGGAUGUGAUUGCUGGGUUUGAAAAUGGAGUCAUUGUGGAGAAAGGAAAUCAUGAGGAACUCAUGAAAGUGGAAGGCAUUUAUUUCAAACUUGUCACAAUGCAGUCACAGGGAAAUGAAAUUGAAUUAGAACCUUCAGUUGAGGAACCCUAUGAAACCUUGCUAAAUUAUUCAAAAGAUGAGGGAUCAAGUCUAAUAAGAAGAAAAUCAGCUAGAGGUAGUAUCCGUGAACCACAAGCCCAAGACAGAAAACUUAGUAUAAAAGAGGCUGAGGUGAAAUUUGAAUGUUACAUGCAACAUUAUAUUGGAUCUUCAAGUCUAAACAAUUUUGUUCUCUUUGUUCCAAAUGAAAAUGUACCUCCGGUUUCCUUUUGGAGGAUCCUGAAACUAAAUCAAACAGAAUGGCCUUAUUUUGUGGUUGGUGUAAUCUGUGCCAUCAUAAAUGGAGGCUUGCAGCCAGCCUUUUCAGUAAUUUUUUCAAAAAUUAUAGGAGUUUUUACGAGGCCUGAGGAUCCUGAUAUAAAAAGACAAAAUAGUAAUAUGUUUUCACUAUUGUUUCUAGUGCUUGGAAUUAUUUCUUUUAUUACAUUUUUCCUUCAGGGCUACACUUUUGGCAAAGCUGGAGAGAUUCUCACCAAGCGGCUCCGAUUCCUGGUUUUUAGAUCUAUGCUACGACAGGAUAUGAGCUGGUUUGAUGACCCUAAAAAUACCACUGGAGCACUAACUACCAGGCUUGCCAAUGAUGCUGCUCAAGUGAAAGGGGCUAUAGGUGCCCGGCUUGCUGUAAUUACUCAGAAUAUAGCAAAUCUUGGAACAGGCAUUAUAAUAUCCUUAAUUUAUGGCUGGCAGUUAACACUUUUACUCUUAGCAAUUGUGCCAAUCAUUGCAGUAGCUGGAGUUAUUGAAAUGAAAAUGUUGUCUGGACAAGCACUCAAAGAUAAGAAAGAACUCGAAGGUGCUGGGAAGAUUGCUACUGAAGCAAUAGAAAAUUUCAGAACUGUUGUUUCUCUGACUCGGGAGGAAAAGUUUGAGCAUACAUAUGCACAGAAUUUGCAGGUACCAUACAGAAACUCUUUGAGAAAAGCACACAUCUUUGGACUCACAUUUGCUUUCACUCAGGCAAUGAUGUACUUUUCCUAUGCUGGCUGUUUCCGUUUUGGUGCCUACUUGGUGGCAAGGGAAAUGAUGACCUUUGAAAAUGUUCUGUUGGUAUUCUCUGCUAUUGUCUUUGGUGCCAUGGCUGUGGGGCAGGUCAGUUCAUUUGCUCCUGACUAUGCUAAAGCCAAAAUAUCAGCAUCUCAUAUCAUCAUGAUCAUUGAAAAAGUCCCUUUGAUUGACAGCUAUAGUACCGGAGGCCUCCAACCGAAAACAUUGGAAGGAAAUGUGACAUUCAAUGAAGUUGUAUUCAACUAUCCCACUCGACCAGACAUCCCUGUGCUACAGGGACUUAACCUCCAGGUGAAGAAGGGUCAGACACUCGCUCUGGUGGGCAGCAGUGGCUGUGGGAAGAGCACGGUGGUCCAACUCCUGGAACGAUUCUACGACCCUCUAUCCGGAAAAGUGCUAAUUGAUGGUGAGGAAAUAAAAAACUUGAAUGUCCAAUGGCUCCGAGCACAUCUGGGCAUCGUGUCCCAGGAGCCCAUCCUGUUUGACUGCAGCAUUGCUGAGAACAUUGCCUAUGGUGACAACAGCCGGAUCGUGUCACAGGAAGAGAUUGAGCAGGCAGCCAAAGAGGCCAACAUCCAUCCUUUCAUUGAAACGCUACCUAAUAAAUACAACACCCGAGUGGGAGACAAGGGCACUCAGCUCUCUGGAGGCCAGAAACAGCGCAUCGCCAUAGCACGUGCACUAGUUCGACACCCUCACAUUUUGCUUUUGGAUGAAGCAACGUCUGCUCUGGAUACUGAAAGUGAAAAGAUCGUUCAGGAAGCCCUGGACAAGGCCAGAGAAGGGCGUACCUGCAUUGUGAUCGCUCACCGCCUGUCCACCAUCCAGAAUGCAGACCUCAUCGUGGUGUUCCAGAACGGUAGGAUCAAGGAGCACGGCACCCACCAACAGCUGCUGGCACAGAAAGGCAUCUACUAUUCCAUGGUCAGUGUUCAGGCUGGAGCAAAGCGCUUAUGAACUGUGGCCUCAUGAGCUCUUCAACAUUUUUUAAUACUACUGCUAAAAUAUGGCAUUUAAUUAAAGUGAAAAUAAGAAAGUGCUUGCUGGAAAAACUAUGUAGUUAUCUGUUUAACCUUUCCUUCCAUAUUGAAGGUCACCAAUUUCAGAGUCUGCAAGAACUUCAUAAUUAAUGAAACAGAAAGAAAUGUCAAGUAGUGUAAAAUAAUGCUUUUCAUUGCAUUAUAAAAUUUACAGAAUAAUUCAGAGUAGAUUUUGUUAAUAAAAAUGUAAUUUUUUGUUUAUAUAUUUGUAUUUUAUAAAGUAUCUUG